AUGAAGAGAUUCAACUCUUAUGAGAUCACUGCAGUCGUGGCAGUUUCAGGUAUACUUUUAGGGCUGGAGACACCCUCCAUGACCUCGUUCAUAAGUACUACACAGAUGAAAGACUACUUUGGUUUGCUCAACCAAUUAGACCAAGGAAUUAUCUUUUCGAGUAAUGCUAUUGGAGCAGUUGCUGGGUGCUUUAUAUGUGGUUCACUAAUUGAGUUGUUUGGAUGUGUCAUUUGCUUCCAGGUGGGAGCCAUCUUCUGGUUGAUUGGUACGAUAAUUGUCUUCUUCCUGCCUUAUAUUUACUUGGUUGCCCUUGGCCGUAUUCUUAAAGGUAUUACUAUGGGGAUAAUUUCAUCACUUGUUCCCGUGUAUGUGCCUGAAGCAAUCCCGAUGCAAAAGAAAGGGUACUCGUUAUCACUGAUUCAUUUAUCGUCUACAUUGGGUACUUUAGCCAUUUAUUAUAUUGGGUUUUUCUUUCGAAAAAAAUUGAAAAACGAACUUUCAUUUAAAUUCACUUGGGCACUUGAAGCAGUACCGGCAAUUGUUUUGAGCUUGUUGAGUUUUCUCUUACCGGAGUCUCCCAAAUGGCUUGCCUCAAAGAACCGUUGGCAACAGGCUGCCAAAAACAUUGACAGAAUCCAAAGGUCAAAUACGUAUAAAAAAAUUGAAAGAGCAACAAAGAAUGACCGUGAAUAUGUUUUGGGUGCUUAUACGUCUAGUUCCGAGUUUAAACGUUGUACUUAUGCGGACUUAUUCAAGAAGCAGUACCUCAGCUAUACCCUUGUUGGUAUCUUAACUCAGGGGUUCGUUCAAAUGACUUGUGUCGAUAGCUUAAUGUAUUUUUUUGAUUAUAUUUGUGCUUCUUGCGGAUUAAGAAGUGACCAUAAAGUAUUCGUGGUAUCAGCCCAGUAUGCAACUCUUGCCCUAUUCACGUUAUUUCCAGCUGCAUUGCUAGAUGGUUGCAGAAGAAAAGACUCGCUUACUUUUGGAAUGAUUAUUCUUUCAAUUUCCUUUUUUUGUCUAGGUUUGGUGUUUUCAUUAUUUGCAUAUUCUAAUUCUGCUUUCAGUCUUCCAAACUCACCCAUACAAUGGGAAGUUCGUGAAGAGCCAGCAUCGAUUGUUCUUGGUUUAUUUUUAUUUGUCGUUGCAAUAUAUGGUUCUUUCAUUGUUUCUGUUAGUUGGUUAUACGUUGGAGAGAUAUUCCCCGGCCCUUCAAGACCUAAAGGGACGUCUUUAUGUAUGUGCACUUCUUGGAUUAUCAAAGCGAUACUGACGCUUUCUCUUCCAUACUCUUUCCGAAUUCUUAAAUACUGGACAUUUUUCCCAAUUUCUCUUUCAUGUCUUAUAGGAGGCCUAGUAAUUUCAAGGUUCCCUGAAACCAGAGACUUACUUGACAUACGACUCCAAGCUCUA